CGCACAUCGUCACUGACUCACCCAGACAGCGAUUCACACAGACGGACGCAAGCGUUGUUUUGGCUCCAAGAAAUUAGAAGAGUCGCUCCUUUCGGCGUGGGAUGGGUUCCUUAGUUUCCUGCCAGAUUUGAUUUAUCGAAUCCAAGGGUGCCAAAGACCCAAUGGCAGCGUCCGAUUCGCGAGCCCACUCGUUCGGCCAGACUGAGAUUAACUGGGACAAGCUAGAUAAAACCAAGUUCUAUGUAGUAGGAGCUGGACUCUUUACAGGUGUUACAUUGGCACUCUACCCGGUUUCUGUAGUGAAGACUAGACUACAGGUUUCUUCGAAGGAUAUUGCAGAGAGAAAUGCAUUUUCUGUAAUAAAGGGAUUACUUAGAACAGAUGGCUUUCCCGGUCUGUAUAGAGGAUUUGGCACAGUCAUCACUGGUGCAAUUCCUGCCAGAAUUAUAUUUCUUACUGUCCUAGAGACCACUAAGGUGGCUACCUUCAGGAUGCUUGAACCAUUUAAACUCUCUGAAACCAGCCAGGCAGCUGUAGCAAAUGGAGUUGCAGGCUUGACAUCUUCACUUUUAGCUCAAGCUGUGUUUGUUCCAAUUGAUGUGGUCAGCCAAAAGUUGAUGGUGCAAGGAUACUCAGGUCAUGCUCAAUAUAAUGGUGGUCUGGAUGUUGCUCGUAAAGUGUUAAGAUCAGACGGCAUCCGUGGAUUGUAUAAAGGAUUUGGUCUUUCUGUUAUGACUUAUGCUCCUUCUAGUGCUGUUUGGUGGGCAAGUUAUGGUUCAAGCCAACGCUUAAUUUGGAGAUUAUUGGGACAUAGUGCAGAAAAUAAGGAAGGCCCACCUAGAGUGCAGAAGAUCGUGUUAGUUCAGGCUACUGGGGGAAUUAUUGCUGGUGCAACUGCAUCCUGCCUUACAACACCAUUGGAUACCAUUAAGACACGAUUACAGGUGAUGGGACACGAAAAGAAAAUCUCCGUUAAAAAAGUUGUCAAAGACUUGAUAAACGAGGAUGGUUGGAAAGGUUUGUACAGAGGGUUAGGUCCAAGAUUUUUCAGCAUGUCGGCAUGGGGUACUUCAAUGAUAUUGGCUUAUGAAUACCUGAAGCGCUUGUGUGCAAAAGAUGACUAGACAGAAGAAAAUGGUUGGCCUCAUCUUUAACCAAUAUAUCAGGAUCAGAAACCCUUUUGUUGGGCAAUGACGUUGAACAAGCACUAACGGCCUGUGAACCCACCAGCUUAAGCACAGGAGUUGCUGCUGGACAUUUAUUCGUAUUUGAUUGAAGGGUUGAAACAGCUAUUGGAGGCAUAGAUGAGGAAUUUUUCCAGCUAGGAAUUUUUAUUAGUACCAUUAAUUUUCAAUGAGUAAUUCAAUAGGGCGUUUCAAUGCCUAUAAUAUGAGAGAUAACAUGAAAGCCUUCUCUCGAAUUUGUGAUGUGACAAAUAUUGUUUCAUGAAGGAAAGGAGAUAGCUCUUUCAGCAUACACCA